CUGGCUUUAUUUUUUUCAGACCUUGAAGCCCAAAUCGCUCAGAUCCAGUCUCGUAAGCGCCGUUUAGAAGACGGGGAGAACUCGGAGAAUGGUGUAGGGAAUGAAAACUCAGUAGAAAAGAUAGCCUUUGGUUCAGUUGGUGGAUAUGAUACGGAUGUUUACGGUAGUGUUAGGGGAGAUCGAAGUAAAGGUGAUUAUUUGACCUCAAUCAAUACUGGAGAUGAAGAAGAUGAAGGCGACGAUGACGCUUUGGCCUCAGUGACUGCAGUUAAGACAACAUAUUCAGCGCCGAAGCGGUUUAUUGAAGAAGCUGCUCGACAUGCGAAGGACGACGAUCCGUUUGCUGAAACGCGAACGAAAACCAUUGCGGAGAGGCAGAGUAAUUAUCAACUACGUGCUCGGCAGAGGCAAAUAUCGCCGGAACGAGCUGAUAUGUUUGCUGAUCAGACCCCUGAUGUACGUGACAGAUCUUACGCUCAAAUCAUGAAGGAACAAAUGUUACGUGAAGAAACAGUAGAAAAAGAACUCGCUGAUAAAGCAAAAUCUGGUGAACUUAAACCUUCAAAGCCACUGGCUCCGGUACAGAAAAAGGGCAGAUGGGACGAGACACCAAAAACUGAGGUGCUUGGUGCUGGUGCUAUGACACCGUCGUCUCAGACGCCCGGGACGACUCAGCGGAAACGUUUGGGCAUAUCGUCGACAAUUUCGGCUGCAGUGGCAACUCCUCGUGUGGCACGUUGGGAGGAAACGCCUGCUCAUCUUUCUGGAGUUGAUGCUACACCUGCGUCUGGAGCAAAAGCCUGGGAUGCUACACCUACAACUCAGACUCCAAGGCGCAACCGAUGGGAUGAAACUCCGAGGGCAGGAAUGACUCCGGGAUGGGGCGCAGAAACUCCAAGAGACACACGUGUAGCAGAAGAUACGCCAGGAGAAUCAAAACGAAGAUCAAGAUGGGAUCUAACUCCUUCAGCUGCGACACCCCUCAAUGCUGCUGCAUCAACUCCAUCUUCUCAGCUGAUUGGUGGUACAACUCCAUCAGGUUUUACUCCAAGUGCUGCCACGCCUGGUGGGAUGACUCCUUCUAUAAUGACGCCUGGAGGAGUUACUCCAGUUGGAGCUCUUGCUAUGGGGUUGAAAACUCCUGCAAUGCCAGUGAUGCCUAUGACUCCAGAUCAAAUGGCAGUUUUCAAGUGGGAGAGAGAGAUCGACGAAAGAAAUCGGCCUCUCUCCGAUGAAGAACUGGACGCUUUGUUUCCUCCAGGAUAUAAAAUACUUCCUCCUCCUACAGGGUAUAUACCCAUCCGUACUCCUGGGAGAAAGCUUCUGGCUACCCCGACGCCUAUUGGUGCCACUGGCACUCCGAUGGGUUUCAUGAUGCAGGGCACUCCAGAACGUCCUGGUUUAGCAGACAAAGGUAUUGCUGGCCUCAUUGACACACAACCAAAAAAUACCGAAUUGCCACCACUGAAGCCAGAAGAUAUGCAAUAUUUUGAUAAAUUAUUGAUGGAUGUGGAUGAAAGCACGCUUAAUAAAGAGGAACUAGCGGAAAGGGAAAUCAUGACAUAUUUGCUUAAAAUUAAAAAUGGCACUCCUCCGCAACGAAAAUCUGGUCUGCGUAAAAUCACAGAAAAUGCACGUAGAUUUGGUGCUGGAGCACUUUUCAAUCAGAUCCUACCCUUGUUAAUGUCUCCAACAUUGGAAGAUCAGGAGAGGCAUCUUAUGGUUAAGGUAAUUGAUCGAGUUCUGUAUAAACUGGAUGAUCUUGUGAGGCCUUAUGUGCAUAAGAUUCUUGUCGUCAUUGAGCCUCUGCUGAUUGAUGAAGAUUAUUACGCUCGAGUUGAGGGAAGGGAAAUAAUAUCGAAUUUGGCAAAGGCAGCUGGCCUAGCAACUAUGAUUUCUACUAUGCGUCCCGAUAUUGAUAACGUUGACGAGUACGUUCGAAAUACAACUGCACGUGCCUUUGCUGUCGUUGCUUCUGCGUUGGGUAUACCAGCCCUGCUCCCGUUCCUAAAGGCAGUUUGCAAAAGCAAGAAGAGCUGGCAAGCAAGACAUACAGGCAUCAAAAUUGUACAACAGAUGGCUAUUCUUAUGGGUUGCGCAGUUCUUCCGCAUCUUCGUUCUCUUGUAGAGAUUGUUGAAACUGGCUUGGUCGACGAUCAGCAAAAGGUGCGCACUAUUACUGCUCUUUGUCUGGCUGCCCUGGCAGAAGCCGCAACUCCUUAUGGUAUCGAAGCUUUUGACUCUGUUCUAAAACCGCUUUGGAAAGGCAUCCGGUCGCAUAGAGGGAAGGGUUUGGCUGCUUUUUUGAAAGCAAUUGGUUUUCUAAUUCCUUUGAUGGACGCUGAAUAUGCAUCUUACUAUACUCAAGAAGUUAUGCUUAUUUUGAUAAGGGAGUUUGCAUCACCGGAUGAAGAGAUGAAAAAAAUAGUUCUGAAGGUUGUCAAGCAAUGCUGCGCUACUGAUGGUGUAGAGCCUCAGUAUAUUCGUGACGAAAUCCUCACACCGUUCUUUAAAGCUUUCUGGAAUCACCGCAUGGCACUUGACAGAAGGAAUUAUAGACAAUUGGUAGACACAACAGUAGAAAUGGCGCAAAAAGUGGGAGCUGCAGAAAUGAUCGCUCGCAUUGUUGAUGAUUUAAAAGAUGAAAACGAAGUUUAUCGAAAAAUGGUUAUGGAAACAAUUGAAAAUAUUAUCUCGUUAAUGGGAGCGAAUGAUAUUGAUGCGAGGCUCGAAGAGCAGCUUAUUGAUGGCAUUGUUUAUGCUUUUCAGGAGCAAACGCAAGAGGACGCUGUGAUGUUGGACGGUUUUGGGACAGUAUGCAAGGGUCUAGGACGGCGGACAAAACCUUAUUUGCCUCAAAUUAUAGGUACAAUACUGUGGCGUUUGAAUAACAAGUCUGCGAAAGUUCGUCAACAAGCAGCUGAUCUUAUUGCAAAGCUAGUACCAGUCAUGAAUAUUUGUCAAGAAGAAAAGUUGACGGGUCAUUUGGGUGUUGUACUAUAUGAAUAUCUUGGUGAAGAAUAUCCAGAAGUUCUUGGGUCAAUUCUGGGUGCUUUGAAAGCUAUUGUCAACGUUAUUGGAAUGACCAAAAUGACUCCUCCUAUAAAGGACUUGCUUCCGCGAUUGACUCCUAUUCUUAAAAACAGGCACGAGAAAGUGCAAGAGAACUGCAUAGACUUGGUUGGUCGUAUUGCUGACAGGGGAAGCGAGUUUGUUUCGGCCCGCGAAUGGAUGCGAAUAUGCUUUGAGCUGUUGGAGUUACUGAAGGCCCACAAAAAAUCAAUAAGAAGAGCUGCUAUCAACACAUUUGGAUAUAUAGCUAAAGCCAUCGGCCCACACGAUGUCUUGGCCACUUUGCUGAAUAAUCUGAAAGUGCAGGAGCGUCAGUUGCGAGUCUGUACAACAGUAGCAAUUGCAAUUGUUGCCGAAACUUGUGCUCCGUUUACUGUUCUUCCGGCAAUUAUGAAUGAGUAUCGUGUUCCGGAAAUCAAUGUUCAGAAUGGUGUUCUCAAAGCAUUGUCUUUUAUGUUUGAGUACAUUGGGGAAAUGGCGAAAGAUUACAUAUACGCAGUGACGCCAUUGUUAGUUGAUGCACUAAUGGAGCGGGAUAUUGUUCAUCGUCAAAUCGCUAUGGAUGCAGUAGCUCAUUUAACUCUUGGGGUUUAUGGUUUCGGCUGUGAAGAUGCGUUGAUACACAUUUUCAACUAUGUUUGGCCCAACAUGCUUGAAAAUUCGCCGCAUGUAAUCCAAAGGUUUAUUUUUGCUUGCGAUGCUAUGCGCGUGUCAUUAGGACCCAUAAAGGUGAUGCAGUAUUGUUUGCAAGCUCUGUGGCAUCCUGCGAGAAAGGUUCGCGAACCUAUAUGGAAGGUUUUCAAUAAUUUGAUACUCGGUUCUCAAGAUGCACUGGUUGCUGGGUACCCAAGAAUACCUAACACCGACAGAAACAACUUCAUUAGAUAUGAGCUUGAUUAUGUUCUUUAA